AUGUGGUACUUUGAUAGUGGGUGUUCUAGACACAUGAUAGGUGAAAAAGAAUAUCUUGAGAACAUUAGACCAAUGCAGUGUGGAGAUGUUACAUUUGAAGAACAGAUUGAAGAUUUGCUUGAAAAGCCUGCUGCUGAGGAAAAGGACCUUGACGAAGCUACAGAAGCAUUUGUCGAGGCUACUGUGCAGGAAUCUGUUGCUACAGAAAUACCAACAACAAAAGAAUCUGAUGAUGCUGAUUGGGCAGGUAAUGCAGAUGAUAGAAAACGUACUAGUGAUGGAUGUUUCUAUCUUGGAAACAAUCUUGUUUCAUGGCACAACAAGAAGCAAAACUCAAUCUCUCUGUCCACAGCUGAGGCUGAGUAUAUUGUUGUGGGGACAAAGACAAGUGGACAUUGUGGAUUCUAG